UCAGAUUCUCAUGCACACACAAACACAGGUGUAUACGCCCACUCACGUAGGCUAGUGGAUACUGUUUUCACAUACACACAGGCCAGCAAAAUGAUGCCAGAGACACAGCUGGUGUGUCACAGCGCAGCCAACACAGCGUAGAAACAGAAGGGAUUUAACUGAUCGACGGAGAGACGGAGGGCAGUUUUUCUCCGGUCACCAUGGAGGUGUGGAGCUCCUCAGCGUCUGAGGAGGAGGAAGAGGAGAAGAGCACCUCAAGUCUUGUGGAUGAAGUAGUGGAAGAGGGGGAAAAAUGCCACAACAGCAAUAACAGUAACAACAAUAACAAGAACGACAGCCUUUGCAGGGAGGUGACACAAGUGCUGUGCUCAGACAGGGUGGGCCAGGUCACCAAGACGUAUCAUGACAUUAAGGCAGUCACCCACCUGCUGGAGGAGAAAGAGCGGGAUCUUGAGUUAGCAGCACGGAUCGGUCAGUCCCUCCUGAAGCAAAACCAAAAGCUAACAGCACGCAAUGAAAUGCUGGAUGAACAGCUUGAAAUUGCAAAAGAGGAGAUUGCUCAACUUCGUCAUGAGCUCUCGAUGAGAGACGACCUCCUCCAGUUCUACGCGAGCACUGAAGAGAAUGAGAACGCUGAAUCGCUCUCACCGAUAAAAAGGAACGAAUCAUGCAGUUCUCUCAGCAACUUCGUCCACUAUGACUUCCUGCAGCAGAAACUGAAGGGUUUAGAGGAAGAGAACCGCAAACUGAGAUUAGAGGCUAAUGAGCUCACAACAGAGACGACCAACUACGAGGAGCAAGAGCAGGAGCUGAUGAUGGUGUGUGUGGAAGAGCUCUCAUCUGUCAAUAAGCAGGUGUUCGACCUGUCAGAGGAGUUAGCACGGAAAGUAGAGGACUCUCUCCGACAGCAGGAGGAGAUCAGCUCACUGCUCGCUCAGAUUGUGGACCUGCAAGCCCGCUGCAAAGGGCUCAGCCAUGAGAAUGAGGAGCUGAACCAACACCUGAGUGCCUUCCGUGAGAGCCAGAUAAAACUUAAAUCAGAGCUCAAGGACCUGCAGGACAAGUACUCACAGUGUGAGGACAUGCUCCACGAGGCCCGAGAGGACAUUAAAAACCUGCGGAACAAGAGCCUGCCCAACAGCACGGUGCAGCGGUACACUGCGCUGGCCUCUGUCCUGCCCAUGGACUCACUAGCAGCUGAGAUAGAAGGCACCUUCCGCAAAGGCCUGGACGCCCCGGCUCCCUCAGAAUACAAGAACCACCCGUGGCGUGUGUUUGAAACAGUGAAGGUGGUGAACAAGGCCGGGAGGCUGCGGUCUCGGUGCCACUCCCCGGGGCUCCCGGGCUCCAGCCCGGUGUCCACUCGCUCCAGUUGUAUCAGCACCCCCCGAACUAGCUACUAUGGCUCUGAUAAUGCCAGCCUUAGCCUAGAGGACAAGCCCAGUUCCACUCAUGCUCAGAAAGAAGACAUUAGUGUUAGCGGGCCAAAGCGCCUGGGUCAGCCAGGCACACCAGGAGGCCAGGACCUUGAAGCUGCUUUGCGCAGCCUGUCAGCCCGCCAACAGAACCACUCCUCUGAGCGGCCUUUCUUUGAUGUGGAGCGUGAGCGUAAACUCCGUGCCUUGGCAGCAGACUGCGAGGAGGGCGAGUCUUCUAGUGGCUUCCUGACACCAAACGACAGCCUGGCCUCCAGCCCUGCAGCGUCAACAGACACCAACUACUCCAAUGGCAGCUCACAGCACUCCUGUGGUUCCUCGGGAGGAUCCAGGUCCUAUCUGCCCGACCGCCUGCAGAUUGUCAAACCUCUGGAAGGCUCUGUGACUCUGCAUCAGUGGCAGCAGCUGGCCAAACCAAACCUGGGGGGCAUCCUGCAUCCACGCCCGGGCGUCCUGACUAAAGACUUCAGGGAGCUCGAGGUCGACAUACAGCAUGUCUACAGCCUGAACGACCUGGAGGAGGACGAACCCGACCUAUCGCAGCUCUCUGGAGCGCAUAGCAUGGUCUCUCCAUCUGGUCCCAUCCUCCCUCAGACCUCUCCCACACAUACCAUUACCACCUGCCAAGUCCUCCAACCCUCCCUCUUCCUCCCCUCCUUCUCUACUAGCCUUCACUCUUUCGGCCUACCAUCUUGUUGGAACUGUGAGCACGUGAGCACUUCAUCGCUACCCCACCACCAGCACUUUGGCUUGGGAGGCCAGACCACCACCGCAACAAACAACACCACCUCAUCACUGGGACUCCUGAAGCUGCUGCAAGAGCGCGGCAUCUCAGCCUCUCCUUGUCCCCGGCACCACCUGCACCACGGACAUAGUACAAAACCUUCAUUCUCCACAGCAAAAGACAAAGGUGGAGGCUCAUCACUGGACAAGGAAGGAAGAAGGAGCAUUUUCAGCCUGAACUUAGUGGGGAAGCUUCAAAGUCUCGGGUUGCACAGAGUGGCAGCCUGGGGGAUGAUGGGACGCAGUGGCAAGAAGAGAGAAGCAGUGAGGCAUCCUCUGGAAGUUUGAUGAGGACUUACCCACCACUUAACUCCGCUCUCAUUCACCUUCGAGGCAUGUGAUUCCCACUGUGCAGUUCAGGGCCCACAGCACCAAUGUCUCGAAAACAAAAGCCACAGAAUGCGCAAGAGCCAUACUUUGAGUUGUCGGUAGUGUAUAGUACUGCUUUUCUAUGAACACGUGUACAGUAGACAAACCGAUGUGUGUGCGUGUGUAACAUCUUCAUCUCAGGACAAUCACCUGAUCACCAGUCUGUCUGACUGACACAUUGCUUUUUACACAAAAAAGAAACAUCACAAAGGAAAAAAAAACCUUUUUAUACUGUGUUUUGUGAAUGUCAUUUUACAGGUUUCCCUAUCACUGGUUUUAAAAGACCUCAUCACUUGUCAUUUUUUUAGUUUCCAAAGCGAACACUCAAGUUCUGUAUAAAUAAUAACAUUGUCAUUUGGGAGAGUUAAAAAAAGACUACGUGCAGUAAAUUAUUAGCUAAAACCACGAAGCAAGCCAAUGCUGUCACACUGAAAAAUUGCACUAAAAUACACUCUGGUCUUCCUGCUUAUUAGCUGCUACAUUGAGCAUGUUGUAUAUAAGAUUGUCAAAUAUACUGUAAGAAAACACUUGAGAAAUUGAUCAGCAAGCACUGCAAUGACACCUGCCCCAGACUGGGACAGAUGAUACGCCGACUGAACCAAAUAAUACCGAUCAUGCUGACAUCUUUUAGCUGCCCCGCGGCUCAUCACCUGCUGUCACAUACCACAUGUUGUUCUGAGCUGGUGAAAUGCCAGACUUUAUUGACAUGGUACCUGAGCCAAACUUCACCAAAAAACAAAUCAGGUUUGCUGCAUCAAAGACAUUGAAUGGGAUUUUUCGAAGCAAUAUGUGUAUUUACUGUUCACGUUGACUGAAAAUCUUGCUUGUACAAGUCUGCUGUAUUUCAUGUCAUCAGGAAUUUUGAAACUGCUGGGAUGUAAAUGAAAUCAAAACCAUGCUGGGCAUUCAAAGUGAAUUCUCCAUGGUAUUAAGGGGAAUCCUUAGUUAUUAGAAAAUAAGAAAUACAAAGUUCGAAAUACAAAUAGAAGAGAGGUCAUAAUUAUUUAAUCAGCAUGUUUCUUCAAGCAACCGUAGCAAAAAGGCAUAGGAUACUGUGGAUUAAAAAGGGAAGAAAUCAUAAACACAGGUUAUAAUAAUUUGUGUUCAGACUUUAAUCAACCAAACCACUGUUUCUCUCCACUAAUGUUUGCUGUAGUCGCUGCUAGCAUCACAGCUGUAUAUGUCAGUGUGUGUAUAAAUUGUACCAACUGUGAAUAAACCU